AUGUAUCCGCCGUUUUUUGACGCUCCUCCGUCCCUGCUAAAGAAACCAGAUGGUUCAAUACUUUUCGAAUGCAUUUGUAAUGGUAGCCCACAACCAAAAAUUCAAUGGUUCUUCAAAGACAAGGAGUUGACUGAUCCCAGACAUGAGCAAAAAAUUAAGAAAAGUGUUGGAAAGUGGACGGUAACUAUGAUAAUGAAGGUUUGUUUUAUGUCCUUCAUACUACAGAGCUGGUAAAG